GUGGGUCAUGUUUGCUCACCAUGGCCCUUUCUGAAUCUGUGAAAGAAGUUUCUACAAUGGUUUGCUCAGCUCUCAGGAGAGUUGCCCAGGUGCAUGCUUACCUGGUGAGGAAGUCCAGUAGUGUCUCCAAAGGCCAUCAUUGUCAGGCCUUGGGCUCGAGACCUGCUGCUUUGGAGUCUGCUGCCCGAGGAGCUCCAGGUGGCAUGGUGGAGCUGCUGGGCAAAUCUUAUCCUCAGGACGACUAUAGCAACCUCUCCCGGAAGGUCCUCUCCAAGGUCGGCAGGAAUCUGCACCACCAGCAGCAUCACCCGCUCUGGCUGAUCAAGGAGAGGGUGAAGGAGCACUUCUACAAGCAGUAUGUGGGCCGCUUUGGGACUCCGCUGUUCUCGGUCUAUGAUGACCUUUCUCCAGUGGUCACCACCUGGCAGAACUUUGACAGCCUGCUCAUCCCAGCUCACCACCCCAGCAGGAAGAAGGGAGACAACUAUUACCUGAACAGGACUCACAUGCUGCGAGCACACACGUCUGCACACCAGUGGGACCUGCUGCACGCCGGACUGGAUGCCUUCCUGGUGGUGGGCGAUGUCUACCGGCGCGACCAGAUCGACUCCCAGCACUACCCAGUGUUCCACCAGCUGGAGGGCGUCCGACUCUUCUCUAAGCAUGAGUUAUUUGCUGGCAUAAAGGAUGGAGAAAGUCUACAGCUCUUUGAACAGAGUUCUCGCUCUGCCUGUAAACAAGAGACACACACCAUGGAAGCCAUGAAGCUCGUUGAGUUUGACCUUAAGCAAACACUUACUAGGCUUGUAUCACAUAUUUUUGGAGACGGACUGGACAUUAGAUGGGUAGACUGCUACUUCCCUUUUACUCAUCCUUCCUUUGAGAUGGAGAUCAACUUCCAUGGAGAAUGGCUAGAAGUCCUUGGCUGUGGGGUGAUGGAACAGCAACUGGUAAAUUCAGCCGGUGCUCAUGAUCGGAUCGGUUGGGCCUUUGGUCUAGGACUGGAAAGACUGGCCAUGAUCCUCUAUGACAUCCCUGACAUCCGCCUCUUCUGGAGUGAGGAUGAGCGUUUCCUGAAGCAGUUCCAUGUGUCAGAUAUCAACCAGCAUGUGAAAUUCCAGCCUUUUAGCAAAUACCCUGCUGUGAUAAAUGACAUCUCAUUCUGGUUGCCCUCUGAAAAUUUUAUAGAAAACGAUUUCUAUGACUUAGUACGGACAAUUGGAGGAGACCUGGUGGAAAGAGUUGAUCUGAUAGACAAGUUUAAACAUCCAAAGACGCACAAGACCAGCCACUGCUACCGCAUCACGUACCGCCACAUGGAGCGGACCCUGUCCCAGAGAGAGGUCCGGCACGUGCACCAGGCAGUGCAGGAGGCCACGGUGCAGCUGCUGGGUGUAGAGGGCAGGUUUUGAGGCCACUGCCUGGACCAGGCCGCCGCCACUCAGGGCUCCAGGGAUUUGCGGGAGAGAAAAGGCUACUGUUUGUGGACGGGGGUAUCCGUCAUGUUUUGAUAAGUGGGUCAGUGUUGGGACUUUCAGAAAAUAAAGGAUCGCUCCUGAGAAGCUGU